CCUGGGCCCAGGGCACUGUGCUCAAUGCGCUGGGGCGAGUGCCUGCAGGGUGGACCCGGCGAUCAGGUCUCCGCGGUGCCACUUCGGGCGCGGGCGGGAAGCCGGGACGCUCCGCACCUGCAGCGACUUUGGGCCCCGCGGACCCGGCGCAGGCACCUGUGGCUGCGUCCUAUGGCGCACGUGGAGGCGGAGGCUCUGGGGAGCCGCCGGGGUCGCCUGUGAGCCGGGGAGCGGAGGAGGCACCGGCGCGCACGAUGUCGUUCCUUGAAGAGGCGAGGGCAGCGGGGCGCGCGGCGGUCCUGGCGCUGGUGCUGCUGCUGCUCCCCGCCGUGCCCGUGGGCGCCAGCGUUCCGCCGCGGCCCCUGCUCCCGCUGCAGCCCAGCAUGCCCCACGUGUGUGCUGAGGAGGAGCUGACCCUGGUGGGCCGCCGCCAGCCGUGCGUGCGGGCCUUCAGCCACACGGUGCCGGUGUGGAAGGCCGGCUGCGGGUGGCAGGCGUGGUGCGUGGGCCAUGAGCGGAGAACCGUCUACUACAUGGGCUACAGGCAGGUGUAUACCACGGAGGCCCGGACCGUGCUCAGGUGCUGCCGAGGGUGGACACAGCAGCCCGGUGAGGAGGGCUGCCUCUCGGCUGAAUGCAGCGCCGGCCUCUGUUUUCACGGUGGCCGUUGUGUGCCAGGCUCAGCCCAGCCGUGUCACUGUCCCCCCGGCUUCCAGGGACCCCGCUGUCAGUAUGAUGUGGACGAAUGCCGAACCCACAACGGUGGCUGCCAGCACCGGUGCGUGAACACCCUAGGCUCCUACCUCUGUGAGUGCAUGCCCGGCUUCCGGCUCCACACUGACAGCAGGACCUGCCUGGCCAUUAACUCCUGUGCCCUGGGCAAUGGCGGCUGCCAGCACCACUGUGUCCAGCUCACGAUCACUCGGCAUCGCUGCCAGUGCCGGCCCGGGUUCCAGCUCCAGGAGGACGGAAGGCGCUGUGUCCGGAGAAGCCCGUGUGCCGACAGGAACGGCGGCUGCAUGCACAGGUGCCAGGUGAUCCGGGGCCUUGCCCGCUGUGAGUGCCACGCGGGCUAUCAGCUAGCAGCAGACGGCAAGGCCUGUGAAGAUGUGGAUGAAUGUGCCGCAGGGCUGGCCCAGUGUGCCCAUGGCUGCCUCAACACCCAGGGGUCCUUCAAGUGCGUGUGUCAUGCGGGCUACGAGCUGGGCGCCGAUGGCCGGCAGUGCUACCGGAUUGAGAUGGAAAUCGUGAACAGCUGUGAGGCCAACAACGGCGGCUGCUCCCAUGGCUGCAGCCACACCAGUGCUGGGCCCCUGUGCACCUGUCCCCGUGGCUACGAGCUGGACACAGAUCAGAGGACCUGCAUCGAUGUCGACGACUGUGCAGACAGCCCGUGCUGCCAGCAGGUGUGCACCAACAACCCUGGCGGGUACGAGUGCGGCUGCUACGCCGGCUACCGGCUCAGUGCUGAUGGCUGUGGCUGUGAGGAUGUGGAUGAGUGCGCCUCCAGCAGUGGCGGCUGCGAGCACCGCUGCACCAACCUGGCCGGCUCCUUCCAGUGCUCCUGCGAGGCCGGCUACCGGCUGCACGAGGACCGUAGGGGCUGCAGCCCCCUGGAGGAGCCGGUGGUAGACCUGGACGGCGAGCUGCCCUUCGUGCGGCCCCUGCCCCACAUUGCCGUGCUCCAGGACGAGCUGCCGCAACUCUUCCAGGAUGACGACGUCGGGGCUGAUGAGGAAGAGGCAGAGUUGCGGGGCGAACACACGCUCACAGAGAAGUUUGUCUGCCUGGAUGACUCCUUUGGCCAUGACUGCAGCUUGACCUGUGAUGACUGCAGGAAUGGAGGGACCUGCCUCCCGGGCCUGGAUGGCUGUGACUGCCCCGAGGGCUGGACUGGGCUCAUCUGCAAUGAGACUUGUCCUCCGGACACCUUCGGCAAGAACUGCAGCUUCUCCUGCAGAUGUCAGAAUGGUGGGACCUGCGACUCUGUCACUGGGGCCUGCCGCUGCCCCCCAGGUGUCAGUGGAACUAACUGUGAGGAUGGCUGCCCCAAGGGCUACUAUGGCAAGCACUGUCGCAAGAAAUGCAACUGUGCCAACCGGGGCCGGUGCCACCGCCUCUACGGGGCCUGCCUCUGCGACCCGGGGCUCUACGGCCGCUUCUGCCACCUCACCUGCCCGCCAUGGGCCUUUGGGCCGGGCUGCUCAGAGGAGUGCCAGUGUGUGCAGCCCCACACGCGGUCCUGUGACAAGAGGGAUGGCAGCUGCUCCUGCAAGGCCGGCUUCCGGGGCGAGCGCUGUCAAGCAGAGUGUGAGCCGGGCUACUUUGGGCCGGGGUGCCGGCAGGCAUGCACCUGCCCAGUGGGCGUGGCCUGUGACUCCUUGAGCGGCGAGUGUGGGAAGCAGUGUCCCGCUGGCUUCCAGGGAGAGGAUUGCGGCCAAGAGUGCCCGGUGGGGACGUUCGGCGUGAACUGCUCGGGCUCCUGCUCCUGUGGGGGGGCCCCCUGCCACGGGCUCACGGGGCAGUGCCGGUGUCCGCCGGGGAGGACCGGGGAAGACUGUGAGGCAGAUUGUCCCGAGGGCCACUGGGGGCUGGGCUGCCAGGAGAUCUGCCCAGCAUGCCAACACGCUGCCCGCUGCGACCCUGAGACCGGAGCCUGCCUGUGCCUCCCUGGCUUCGUCGGCAGCCGCUGCCAGGAUGUGUGCCCAGCAGGCUGGUAUGGUCCCAGCUGCCAGACAAGGUGCUCUUGUGCCAAUGAUGGGCACUGCCACCCAGCCACCGGACACUGCAGCUGUGCCCCCGGGUGGACCGGCUUUAGCUGCCAGAGAGCCUGUGAUAGUGGGCACUGGGGACCUGACUGCAGCCACCCCUGCAACUGCAGCACUGGCCACGGGACCUGCGAUGCCAUCAGUGGCCUGUGUCUGUGCGAGGCUGGCUACGUGGGCCCACGAUGCGAGCAGCGGUGUCCCCAGGGCCACUUUGGGCCCGGCUGUGAGCAGCGGUGCCAGUGUCAGCACGGAGCAGCCUGUGACCACGUCAGCGGGGCCUGCACCUGCCCGGCCGGCUGGAGGGGCACCUUCUGCGAGCGUGCCUGCCCGGCCGGCUUCUUUGGAUUGGACUGUCGCAGUGCCUGCAACUGCACCGCUGGAGCUGCCUGUGAUGCUGUGAAUGGCUCCUGCCUCUGCCCCGCUGGCCGCCGGGGCCCCCGCUGUGCCGAGAGCUGCCCAGCCCACACCUAUGGGCGCAAUUGCAGCCAGGCCUGUGCCUGCUUUAACGGGGCCUCCUGUGACCCUGUCCACGGGCAGUGCCACUGUGCCCCUGGCUGGAUGGGGCCCUCCUGCCUGCAGGCCUGCCCUGCUGGCCUGUACGGCGACAACUGUCAACAUUCCUGCCUCUGCCAGAAUGGGGGGACCUGCGACCCUGUGUCAGGCCACUGUGCGUGCCUGGAGGGCUGGGCCGGCCUGGCCUGUGAGAAGGAGUGCCUCCCUGGGGACGUCGGAGCUGGUUGCCGGCACAGCUGCGGUUGCCUCAACGGGGGCCUGUGUGACCCGCACACAGGCCGCUGCCUCUGCCCAGCCGGCUGGAUUGGGGACAAGUGUCAGAGCCCACCUGCUCCGGGCCUGUCCUGGCCCACAGAUCCCUACGGGCCCCUCCCAGGAAGCCUCCCCAGCCCUCAUCUUUCUGCAGCCUGCCUAUGGGGCUGGUUUGGAGAGGCCUGUGCCCAGCGCUGCAGCUGCCCGCCUGGCGCUGCCUGCCACCACGUCACUGGGGCCUGCCACUGUCCCCCUGGCUUCACUGGCUCUGGCUGCAAGCAGGCGUGCCCGCCCGGCAGCUUUGGGGAGGACUGUGCACGGAUGUGCCAGUGUCCCGGUGAGAACCCGGCCUGCCACCCUGCCACUGGGAUCUGCUCAUGUGCUGCUGGCUACCACGGCCCCAGCUGCCAGCAACGAUGCCCGCCCGGGCGGUAUGGGCCAGGCUGUGAACAGAUGUGUGGAUGUCUCAACGGGGGCUCCUGUCAUGCAGCCACGGGGGCCUGCCGCUGCCCCGCUGGGUUCCUCGGGGCGGACUGCAGCCUCACCUGUCCACAGGGCCGCUUCGGCCCCAACUGCACCCACGUGUGUGGGUGUGGGCAGGGGGCAGCCUGCAACCCUGUGACCGGCACCUGCCUCUGCCCCCCGGGGAGAGCCGGCGUCCGCUGUGAGCGAGGCUGCCCCCAGAACCGGUUUGGCGUGGGCUGUGAGAACACCUGCUCCUGCAGGAACGGAGGGCUGUGCCACGCCAACAAUGGCAGCUGCUCCUGUGGCCUGGGCUGGACAGGGCUGCACUGUGAGCUGGCCUGUCCCCCUGGGCGCUACGGAACCGCCUGCCUUCUGGAGUGCUCCUGCCACAACAACAGCACAUGUGAGCCCGCCACGGGCACCUGCCGCUGCGGCCCCGGCUUCUACGGCCAGGCCUGCGAGCACCCCUGUCCACCUGGCUUCCACGGGGCUGGCUGCCAGGGAGUGUGCCGGUGUCAACAUGGAGCCCCCUGCAACCCCAUCAGUGGCCGGUGCCUGUGUCCCGCUGGCUUCCACGGCCAUUUCUGUGAGAGGGGGUGUGAGCCAGGUUCAUUUGGAGAGGGCUGCCACCAGCGGUGUGACUGCGACGGGGGGUCACCCUGUGACCCUGUCACCGGUCUCUGCCUUUGCCCACCAGGGCGCUCAGGAGCCACCUGUAACCUGGAUUGCAGAAGGGGCCAGUUCGGGCCCAACUGCACCCUGCACUGUGACUGCGGGGGUGGGGCUGACUGCGACCCUGUCAGUGGGCAGUGUCACUGUCUGGAUGGCUACAUGGGGCCCACGUGCCGGGAAGGUGGGCCCCUCCGGCUCCCCGAGAACCCGUCCUUAGUCCAGGGCUCAGGUAAGGGGUGUGGGGAAUGCCUGUGGGCUUGCCAGGAGGGUGGGUUAUGGCAAAGUCAAAGAAGAGAGCUUAAGUAUAAUCUGGGCCCCACAGGGCAGCGGCUGCACCCGGGGCCUUGGGCCCCAGGAAUCUGGAGCUCAGAGACCAAGGCUGGGGCUAGAGCUGGGAAGGACAGGCUGGGAAGGACGGGUGGGCCCCACCCUGCUCUGCUGGGCUGAGCUGAGCUGCGCUGCUGAGGGGAGGGGUGGGUGGGAGAGGUGCCAACCCAGAACCCAGUCUGUUUUGGGAGCACCCACCCCACCCUGGACUGGCCCUCUUUUCUCCUUUUCCCCAGUGGCCACACUGCCCGCCUCCAGCAGACCCACAUCCCGGAGCGGUGGACCAGCGAGGCACUAGCAGAGGCAGUCCCAUGGAGCCCGCCUCUCCAGUCCCAGCCAGAGGGGACCCAGGCCUUUGGUGACCACUGAGAAGGACACUUCAUGGGCCCAGAGCUCCUGGUACUGCCCUUCCUCUGAGGGCCGUGGAGGGCUGUGGACAGCCCAGCAACCUGUCGCUCUUGGAGGCUGGUGUGGCCUUGAGGAGGGAAGCCUCGCAUGGCUGCUGGAAGAGAGGCGCCUCCUGGCCUGGCUCUGCAGAACCCAGGGGCACGCUCUGGGCCUGGGCUGAGGAAGCCCCGCUCUCCCUGCGGCUCUGAGUGGGACUGAGGACAGGUGUGGGCCCCAGUGUGGGUGUGGGUGUAGGUGCAGGCACAGGACCACUGUCCUCCAGGCAGGCUUUUUGGUGCUAGGCCUUGGGACUGGAAGUCGCCCAGCCCGUAUUUAUGUAAAGGUAUUUAUGGGCUGCUGCACAUGCCCGCUGCAGCCCUGGGAUCAGCUGGAAGCUGCCUGUCAUCUCCUGCCCGAUCCCCAGAAACGCUGAUUCAGGUCUGCAGGGUCCUGUGGGCUCACCAGGCUGCUGGCUCCUGUACCAUGUAAACCCAGGAAGGUAAAGGAGCAGGCAGCCUCCUCGUGACCUGUGUGUUUGCUGUGUUACGUGGACUCUGUGUGGGCUCCUCCCUGGGGCCCAGCCAGCAUAAUGGUGCACACAGGGACCUCCCAGUGCACCUGGGUCCCUUUGCAGGGGUGGGGGUGCCACACAAGUGAAGAAGUUGGGGCUCAUCUCAGUUCCCGGUGCUAUUGAGGAGAACGCUGGGGCUGCAUUCAUUACCACUGAGACACCCCCGGAGACCCAGAGAGUGGCUGGUCCCAAAGAAGGGCCCAGCGGGAGGAGGGCUGGUGUGGAGGGGCAACCUGGACUGAGGCCAAACUUCCUCGGGCCCACCCCACCCACCCCUACCUGAGCAUCAGCAGUAGGGGGAGGGCAGCAUUGCAAGGGAAGGGACUCCCUGGGUGAGGACAGGCCGGCCCUCCCGAGCACCUGGCACUCAUGGGCUGAGGCUGACUUCUCCCGGAAGAAGGGCCCAGAGUGGACGGUAGAGGCAGAGGGUAGAGGUGGUGGCUGGGGGCUCCUCUGCAGGGCAGGGUGGCAAAUGGAGAGGGCUGCAUUCACGCUGCAACACAGGACUCUCUCUCCCUUGAGAAGGCCCCCUUAGGGUCUGGGCUGCCACCCCCCAUCACCCUAAAACCAGCCAAGGUGGCUGAGGCCCCAGGGCAGAGGAUUUCACCAGCAGGAGGAGGAGGAGGAGUCCAGUGAGCUCGGUUGCUCACAGACAGCAAGGGAGCUGUCAUAGAGGAAGCUGAUGAAUGGACCGCUGUGGGGAGACUUUAAAGUAAAACAGUGAUAAGGGAGGGUGGGAUGGUGGGGAGGUAGGAGCAGCAGCCAGAGAGAGACGGACUGGGGUGCAGACGGAAUGUGGAAAAUGCACACCUUGAAGCAUCCAGCAGAUGGGGUGAGUGGAUACAGCUCAGGAGAUUCUCCCAGGAAUAGCAGGGAGGCGUAAAGAGAGACAACGUACAGAAGAUAGAUGAAUGGAAAUGGGUAAGGGAGGUGUUCAUUCACAUCAUCUAACUGCAAAAUACAAAAGUAAGAAGUCAUUGACAUGAAGCAACGACGACCAAGACGUUCUCAGAUCUAAAGGUGAAUGAUCUCAGCCUGGAAAUGCACAAGAUGGAAAAAUAACAUAAAAAAGCCAUAAGACCUUGAAGAACAUCAGUGUCAAAGAUAAAUUCUAAAGUCCCAGAGAAAAAAGAAGAAUGGGAAUCGAAUUGACCUCAGACUUUACGUGAGAAACACAGAGAGCCAGAAAACUGUGAUGUUCCAUCCUCAGAGUUUGAAGGAAAUAUUUGAAGGCUGAAUUUUAUGUCCAGCUAAACUAUCAAGGGCGUGCAAAGUCCAUGUUAUUCUUAGAACUUCAAGGCCUCGGCCAUUUUUCUACAGAAAAGCCUUAUUUGAAAAUGCUCUUAGAGACGUUCUCCAGCCAGAAGAGAAAGAAGCCAGGAGGGUCCUCUGAGAUGUUCAGUCACCACAGUUCCCAAAUGGCCUAGUAAUUCAGAGAAUCAAAAUAUCCCCAUUACUCCCCAGUGGGAACCCCCGACAGUCUCAGCAUGGUGUGAGGGUGUGGACCGGGGGCCUGGCAGGUACCAAUCACUCAUCCCGCUCAGUGAAGACACAGUGUUCAGCUACGGAAGCCAUAAGGCAGGCUGAGCUUCUGCCCAUCCGGAGGAAAUCUCAGCUAUCCAAUGGCAGUCAGGAGCGGAGGAAAAUAAAGCGGAAUAACUAGAAAACGCUCACAGAUCCUAAUGUUAACGGUUACAAAUGACGACAGAAAAACAAACCCCUGACCGUAUAUUAUAUAGUUUCAAAUAGCAAGAAGGAGGAUAUUGAACAUUCUCAACACACAUCAUAAACGCUUGAGAUGAUAUGCUCAUUACCCUGAUUUGAUCACUAGACAUCCCAUGUAUCAAAACAUCACUGUGUAUCUGAUGAAUAUCUACAAUUAUUAUUUGUCAAUUAAAAACAGACUAGACUGCAUUAAAAA